GCGGCUCGGAGACUGGAUGUUCUGGGCGAUCCCUUGGAGGGGCCCCCAAAGAACCGCCAAUAAGCAACCAGGAACAGGGGUGGACGGGCCACGCCACGCUAAGGUAACCGAACUCAGCCUCGCUAAAGCGACCGGGGAGAGUUACCUUUAUCUUGACCUCAUCUGCCCCUGAACUUGUUCAAGCUCCAAAGACGAAAACCUGCAGCGACCGAUUUUUCCGUUACAAGCGUCCUUUGCUGGCCGUUGGUUACUCAUCUUUUUGACCCGAUGGCUGGCCGAUUCGUGCGCGCGUCGAAAUAUCGACACGUCUUUGGGAAGCCCACCAAAAAGGAGUUCUGCUAUGACAACCUCCACAUCAGCCGCAAUGCCUGGGAUACCAACCUUGUGAAGGUUAACCCCGAAUAUCUCUCUGUUAACUGGGAGGCCAGCGGUGGCGGCGCCUUUGCCGUGAUCCCCCUGAACGAGCGCGGAAAGCUGCCCGACCAAAUACCGCUCUUUCGAGGCCACACGGCGGCCGUGCUAGACACAGACUGGAACCCUUUCAAUGACCGGAUCAUCGCUUCAGCGUCUGAUGAUGGCAAGGUCUUCAUCUGGGAGGUGCCCAAGGGGUUCACCCUCUACACAGAUGCCGAAGAGAUCCCUGAUGUCUCGCCAGUUAGCAGACUGUCUGGCCACUCAAGAAAAGUCGGGCAUGUCCUCUUCAACCCCGCCGCCGAGCACAUUCUUGCUUCCUCCUCGGGCGACCUGACCAUCAAGCUGUGGGAUAUUGGCACCGGUCAGGCUGGCGUCACACUCAGGCACCCGGAGAUUGUGCAGAGUAUGUCAUGGAGCCCGGAUGGUGCCAUGUUGGUGACGACGUGCCGGGACAAGAAGCUGCGUGUUUGGGAUGUGCGGCAGGAGAAGCCCGUUCAUGAGUAUGCGGGCCAUGAGGGCGCCAAGAACAGCCGCGCAGUGUGGAUGGGCGAGCACAACCGCAUUGUGACCACCGGUUUCUCGAGAAUGAGCGAGCGCCAGAUCGGUCUGUGGGAGCCCGGCCGGAAAGACCCCAUCGGUGGUUUUACCUCUCUCGACUCGAUUUCUGGUGUCUGCAUGCCCUUUUGGGACGAGGGGUCGAACUGCCUGUACCUCGCCGGCAAAGGCGACGGCAAUAUUCGCUAUUUUGAGUACGAGAACGACAAAUUCGAGUUCCUUUCCGAAUACAAAUCAGCCGAUCCUCAGCGCGGAAUCGCCUUCCUGCCGCGCCGCGGCAUCAAUGUCCACGAGAACGAAGUUAUGAGAGCUUACAAGACCGUCAACGACGCAUACAUCGAGCCUAUCUCCUUUACCGUGCCUCGGCGCGCUGAAACCUUCCAGUCUGAUAUCUACCCUCCCGCCAUCGGCACGAAGCCCGCCAUGUCUGCCAAGGAGUGGUUCGACGGAAAGACGGCGGUCCCGGCCAAGAUUGAUCUGGAAAGCGUCUACGAGGGCAACGCACCUGUCGAGGUCCCUGCCGACUACAAACCUCCCGCAGCCGCGGCAGCUCCCGCCCCGGCGCCUGCUCCGGCACCGAAGAAGGAACCUGAGCCUGCGCCGGCACCCGUUCGUGCUCCCGCCACGAUUACUGACCAGAAGAGUUCCAUCUCCGCCAUGGCGAAUAAGUUCCAAGACGAUGCCGAGGAGGAAGUUGACGACGAUGCCGAGACCUCGAGUUUCGAAGAGAUCACCCGGCCCGCGCAGCGCACCAGUACUAUUCCCGUCCGGGCCGCGACUAAGCCAGCGCCCGUCACGACACCCGCGCCGCCCGUGCAAGCGAAGCCCGCAUCGCCAGUCAAGUCGCCGCAGGCUACUGCGGCGCCCAUCCCUGAAGCGGCUCCCGCCGCGGCGCCUGCAGCAGCCGCGGUGUCCAACCCGGCGGUCGAGGCGUCGCUAGAGCAGAUCAAGCAGCUCCUUGAGCAACAGGUCAAGGUCAUCGGCGUCCAGAACGAGAAGCUUGCGGCGCAGACCCAGAUUAUUGCCCGCCUCACCGCAGAGGUUGAGACGCUCAAGAAGAGAGUUGGCGCGGCCCCCCAGGACCAGAGCGAGCGCAUCCGGCAGCUGGAGCUUGAGCUGGAGGCUGCGAGGUCUUGAACGACAGUGGCUGCAAUCAAGCCACAGGUUCAGAAUUGCCCAUACAGUCAGGGCUAGGAUGAGUGUUUAUGAGCGAUGGGCGGACGUUCAGGGCUUUUCGGAGGACUCCGCAUGUUUACGACAGGAAGUACAGGCCGGAAAAUCUCG